UCACGAUCGAGUUCCCCCCCGAUAAAACGUGCGGCGCCUUAACCCCCUGCCCAAGCAAGCUAGGGUUUAGAGGUUCGCCUUCCUCCCCCCGUUCACCGCCUCGUCGCCCGACUACCCGCCGCGGCGCGCGCGCGCUUAGCCAGCGCAAUGGCGAUGGCGCAGGUCGGCCUGAGAACCGCCCUCCUCAUCGGCGUCGGGGUGGUCGGCGCCAACAUCACCAAAGUCGCCGCAAUCCUCACCGAGGGGUCUGUGAGCGAGAAGGGGGCGGACGCGGCGGGAUCGGGGGAAGCCGUUGCCGACGCCGCUGCUGAGGCUUUGAGGUCCCGAAUUGCUAUGCUGACUAGGAACGUUCGACAACUAGCGUCAAAUAAUAACGCUGUUAUUCAGGUGGAUAUGGGCAACGGCGGAGCUGGAUCAGCUUUGAUAUUAACUGUUGCGGCUGUUGGUGCAGUCAGCUAUUGUUACAUGUGGUGGAAAGGUAUCACCUUCUCUAGCCUGAUGUAUGUCACCAAGCGCAAUAUGGCCAAUGCUGUUGCAAGCAUGACUAAGCAUCUGGAACAAGUGCAGGGCUCUCUUGCUGCUGCUAAAAAGCACUUAUCGCAGAGUAUUCAGCACGUGGAUGAUAAAUUGGAGCAGCAGAAGGAGAUUUCUGGCCAGAUAAAAGAUCAGGUUACUGGUGCAAAGUUGAAAAUCAAGAACAUUGGAUCAGACAUGGAUAAAAUAAAAAAUAUGGUUAUCGGUCUGGAUGAAAAGAUGGAUUCAAUUGAAGCAAAACAGAACUAUUCAUGUGCGGCUGUGGAUUAUCUCUGCAAAUUCAUAGAACAAAGGGGUGAGAAGCUGCCGGAACGUGUGGAAGGAUUACAACGAACAGUAAGGCGAAUUGGGUACAACAGCUCCGAGUUGACGGGGCUGGGGUUCGGGCAACUGCUGGCGACAGAAUCAGCGAGACCUGGCGCAGGAAGAAUGCUUCGGUCAACGUGCCUCAGCUCGGCACGUCUGAUCCUGCCUUAGAUUGAGAGUGCGAUCAAGGCAACGGAUGCGCUUACCCACGCCUUGCCUGAAUUUUGUACAGCUGAGUUUGGUAGAAUGGUAGAUUAGAUGAUUUUUGUGACUAGUUAGGAGUGAGAUGGCAUGUCCCGUCCUGCUGGUUUAUUUUUUGCCGCUUAGUAUGCCAGUUUGUCUACUGCCAUCACGCGUUUGAUCUUUCAAAUUUUCUA